AUGGCCGGUCCCUCCACUGCUUCCACCACACCCCGCAUCACUUUCUCUUCGCUGCCCGCCGAGAUUCGCAGUGCCAUCUGGACCGAGGCCCUGCCGCGGCGCGUCAUUGGCCUGCGGCCGUUUGAGGCCGACGACGACGAGUACGCGCCGAGCUCUGCCCCGCAGGGGGACAGCGUCGCCGUGGUCAGCGCGCGUGCGCGGGCCAGCGUCGGCAGCCGCAUGCCGCAGGCCAUGGCCAGCACGUGUUUCGAGUCCCGCGCGGCGGCCCUGCGCAGCGGGCGGUGGACCGUUGGCGCCGAGGGCCAGCCGCAAGCGGCGGGUCGACUACAUGCUGCUGGGCCGGGCGAGGGCGACGGGGGGGGACGCUCACGGACGCCGGCGGACACAAACGACCACGAAGGUGACCACGACCACGACGACGUCGCUGUCUGGCGCGUCUCGCGCGCGGCCCCGCCGCUGGCGCCCCGGCCGCCGCCGCCGGGCCCGGCCCCCAUCGACCCGGCGAGCACCGUCAGCAUCGCCGACCUGGCCCACCACCAGCUCGUCGGCUGCCUCGACGAAGCCGUGCGCGGCGGCGGCGGCAUUGCCGUCAAGCACGAGCUGCUGCAGUCGCAGGUCGGCGCCGCCAUCUUUCCGCUGCUGCAGCGCUGUGCCGCGGCGGCCGCCCAGCGCGGCGGCGCGAGGUCCCCCUCCCGGUCCCCGGCACCACCACCACCACCACCACCGCAGCUGCUCGUCUACUUUGACGAGAUUGUCCUGACCGGCACGCGCGCGCAGGCCGUGGCGAGCGGCCUCUUUGGCAGCGCGGCGGCGCCCGAGGAGCACAUGUUUUUUGUGCCGCUGAGCGACCGCGCCGCCCUCCAGCGGAUCCACGCCCUCUGCAGAGCGCGCCGCCCCGCGUCGGCCGCGUCUGCCGACACAGCGCGCGAGGGACGGGCCCACCUGCAGGGCAGCCUGGGCGGCCUGCGCAUCGGCAACGCCGGCUUCGUGGCGGAGCUGCUGCGGCCGUCGCACACCGUCCAGAACCUGCGGAUCCUGGCCAUGCGGUUUCUGUACCACGCGAAGCAGUGGCGCGCGGACAUGUCGGACGAGGCCGGCGAGGUGCUGAUUGCGCGGGCCCUGGAGGCGGGGAUGCCGCCGCUGGAGCAGGCCAUUCUGUUCCGGUUCAAGGAGGCGCCGGCGUUUGCGGGCAGCGAGCAGUGGGCAUAUGAGCGGAACAAUGCGUGA